AGGCUUUCAGGAAGUUAUCUAGAAGUUUAUUCAGAAAUUAGUCAAAGUAUUCUUGCCGAUAUUUUUCCAAGGAUUUUAUUGAAUAAUCAUCCAUAAUUUCUUCAGAGUUCCAAAAUUUUCUUUGGAAUUCGUAUAGUGAUUCCUGCAAAACUGUCUUUAAGGAUUAUGUGCCUAGAAUCCCUUCAAUAGAUUAUGUCAGUAAUUCCUCCAUGGAUUCCUUCUGGAAAAUACUGCAUUGGUUCCGUUAGAAAUCCCAAGCAAUUAAUUAUGAAAAUUCUCCCAGUCUUCUAUGGAAUUCUUUAGAAAUUCGACCAAAGUUUCCUUAUGAAAGUCAUUUAUAGAUUCCUUUGUAAGUGAGACGAACCAGCCAAGAGCUGAAUGUCUCUAUAAUAUAGCUAAAUCAAUCAAUCAAUUCCUUUGUAAAAAAAAAAUGAUCACAUCGAUCACAAAAACUUCCAUCGAUACCUUCCGAAAUUAUUUGUGCUCACUAGGGAUUGCUUCAUAUAUUUGAGGUAAAUUCCGGUAGAAAACCUCCCAUGAAUUUCCUUAUUAACUACUCCAGAAAAUCAUAAAUUUGAAAUUCAUUCAGGAAUUUGUCCAGGUAUUUCGUUGAAAAAUCUGCCAUUGAUUCCAUCCAAAAUUUUUCUUAAGGUUAAUUUUAAAAGCCUUCCGCGAAUUCUUUCAGAACUACUUCCUGGGAUUUCUUCAAAAAAUCUUCUAGGGAUUUUUUUUUAAAUUCCCCAAAAAAUCCUCAAGAAACCUUUUCAGGGAUUCUUUCCAAGUAAUUCUUUACAUAUUCUAACAUUCCAUCAAGUAUUUCUUCCCAAACAGCUCCUCCUUCAAGAGUUAGUCCAUGAAUUCCAUUUGAAAUUCUUGGUGAAAUUUCUCCCGGAUUUUAAUCAAGUUUUCCUCCGGAAAUUUCUGCAAGAAUUCCUCCAGAGAUUCUAGCAUAAUUUAUUCCUGUGAUUAAAGCGGAAAUUCUUCCAGAGAUUUCAACAAAAACUGAUCUAGAUAUUCCUUUAGAAAUUCCUCCUGGUAUUCAACCAUGUCCAUGGUUUGUCUAAUGAUUACUGAACAUUUUCUUACAGAUCUUUUGAGAAAUGUUUUGAAAAAACUUCAGAACAAAUCUUUGGUGAAGUUAUUGGAAAAUUUCGGUGGAGCCUGUUAAACUAAUUGCCGAAAAUGAAGUACAUAAUUUGAAGACUCCUGAAAACCCCUAAAACUCAAUUAAGUAUUUUUGAGAACAAAAUUCAGUUGAAAAAACCAGAAACAAAAAUUCAAAAUACACUGCAAGAUUUGGUAAAGAAAAUUAUGCAUCAUUUAUGUUAUAAAUCUGUAAUGUUCGUACUUAUUCGCGUACAAAAGAAAUCAACUUCGGUAAAAUGUUAGGUGACUCCCAUUGCAAUUCCUAAAAAAAUACACGAAUGAAAAACAUUAUAAGAAAACAAAAAAAUCGAGGGGUAUUUGUUUCUUAGAAACACUAAGUGUAACUUUUAAAGAAACUUUAAAAAAAUGCAUUAACAGUGACGUGGGGCGCCAACCUGAAUGCUUGCCAAGGGCGCCAUGGGACCACGCUACGGCUCUGAGUUGGACCACGGUUGGAUCCACAUCGGAUAACUGUUGGGUUUUGGUGGCCAAAAUGAAAAUAGGUCAAUGAUAGGUUUAUGUCGGGUUAUACGUCAUCAAUUACGAACAAAGCUUGAACAUUAGGAUGAGCUAGCUUAAGGACAAACGUCUUGAAAUCCCGGUUCAACAGUGCAUCAAAACUUCAAACGCACAAAUCUCAAGAAGCAGGCUUCAAACAACAGUGCAUUUUAUUAUUCUGUUCUUGCUCACUUGUAAUAAGCUUAAAAUAACAAGCUCAGGUGCACUGGUUUUGUUUACGAAGAGAUUUGUGCCCUCAAAAUCGUGAGUAGGUGCCAAAGUCGGCCAUUGUGGCGGCCAUAUUGGGAUUCUAACAAGUCUGUCCUUAAGGCAGCGUUCAACAUUUGGGUAACACACUUUCCAUACAAAUGUUUUAGUUUGUCUUAGAAAAUGGAAUUUGAGGGAAUACAAAUUCAAUGGACGUUCACUGCAUAUGUUUCAACUGAAGUGGGAUUAUGCACGGAAAAACAAACGAAAACAAAAAUGCCAGUACUAACCGUUCAACAAUUGGCGAAUUACCCUACACAGCGAUGGGCUACUGGGUGAUCAGUAAAAAAAUACUAGCGAAUUUGCCUGCUGCCAAGUAAUGAUCCUCCGUGAAUUCCAUCAGACAUUCCUUCCAAAGUCCCUUCGAAAUUCCUCCAUAAAUUCCUUCAGAAAUUUCCUCUCGGAUUCCUCCUGGAGUUCUUUCAGAUAUUCAUUCAAGAGCCUCUUCUGGAACUCCUCCAAGAGUGCCUUUAGAGAUUGAUGUAAGAGAUUUUCCUAAGAUUUCUCCAGAGGUUCCUUCGAGAGAACAAGUUCUUACUGAAAUUAAAGAGCCAAUACAGCGGUUUCUUUUGGUGUUACUCCAGAAAUUCAUUCUGGAAGUCCUCAAGAAGUCUCUUCUUGCAUUUGCAAAGAAUUCUCUUUUAGGAUCUUCUAUUUUGAGAAUUCUUGAAGCAGUUUUCUGGAGAUUCAGGCCAAACAUUUCAAUAUGUCCUAUCUGCAUUUGAGAGGCUAUCUUUGCUCACUUUCUCUUUCAGUUAUUACAAUGUGGUGAUACACUUUUCAACUACUUUUGCUGUACAAAUCAUAAGACGAUUGUUUUGACCAUCGCUCUAUGCAAGGAGACAAACAUAAUUCAAAUAAACAGCUGAGAUAUUAACGAAAGAGAGGGAAGCCAAAGAGAGCCGCUCUUCUGCAGAUUGGACCUUAAGAAAUGUUUGGCCUGAAUUCUUCAAAAGUUUUGUGGCGAUCCAUUUGGAGCCACCCUAUCGACAAUAAUAUUUUACGUAAUCACCCUAAGAAAAGUUGUCUGAAGUAAACAAGACGCGUUCGUGUAAAACACGUUCGAUAAAUAAAGAGUUUGAAAUAAAAGUAAUCGCCGAGGUUUUUAUUCGAUUGCACCCCACUGUUUCUUCUGGGAUUAUUCAAGAAGUUCUUUCUGAGAUUCAUCACGGAGUCUUUCUUGGAUUCCUCCAGAGGGUCAUCCGAGGAUUCCUUAGGCGUUCUUUCACGAAUACCUUCUGAAAUUCUUAGAAAUACUUUCAAGAAUUUUACAAAAAGCUAUUAUUACAUAAAAGCGCGAAAAACUCAUAAAUGAAGUAGAAUAAUCAACAAAUAGAUCUAAGUUUAUGUUCCUUCACAUUCAGCAUUGAUGCAGUUACCGUUCAGACAAGAUCCCUAACUACACCAACGGCAACAUUCCCAUCGAAAAAAAAAAAACAUCUGCUGGAAUGCAACAAGUUCCCGGACAUGCAAUCAUGCAAAGCGCGCAUUGAGUGCGCUUCACCGAAUUGAGCUCACCCGAAUGUCAGUCAUUUGGCGGAACAACAUCGCAAUGCUGGCUGGCUGGUGGGAAACGUGCGACGACGCGACGGUGCGGUGGCGACGGACCCGGGCGGCUGUGGACAGCGAGGUCCAGGUGGAAAUCCAGGAAAUGGAAACUCAAAUCGAACCAACAAAGCUGCAGUUUCCGUUGGAUACCGACGGGCACGGCGAAAUGGUGCUGUGCCGCCGAGGAACUGGGUUACAAAGUUUUGUGGGCUGCUGCAGUUUUGGCGUUCAGUAGAAUAGUUCUGCCAGUGAUGAUUGGACCGGGAAGUGGAUCUCGGAAUGUGGAAUAUAAGGCGAAAGCGGACGAAUCGUUUCGGCGGUGCGUGGUGUACUUGUCGAUUGCUGCGUUGGCGUUGACCGGACUUGGAUAUGAUCCGCUGAUGCGAAGCCGUGAGCGAGAGGCUGUGGAUGAGGCUGGAGAGGACGAGGAACACGAGGGAUAUUACACGGGAAUCGAAGAGGAGGCUGCUGAGGAAGAGGAAGAUGUGGAGAUCAACUGGCAGCUGAAUAUUUAUGUGGCCCGGAUAUUGGCUCCGGCCGUGGUUUGCUUUCUGAUUCAUUGGAUUGCAGAAAUAAAUUUUGUGAGAAGAAUUUACGGCGUAGGACAUGUUGUUGUGUGUGUUUUCUACAAGCUGUUAUCAGUUCCGAAGGACAUUGAUGUCCUGCUGCUGCUAUGCGGAUUUGCUUCCGAGUUCCUCUUCGCUGGGAAAAUGCUGUUGUACAUCUAUCAAAUUGUGAUCUACAGUCCAACCGGUGAUAGGCUGUCCUACAUCAUCUACGCUGUUAUAGCGCAGUGCUUUGGAGCAUCCGUGCUACCGUGGAUCGUUACCGAGUUUGAGGAGAUUUGGGAACACUUUCAGAGCUUUCUUAUCUUGCUGGUAACCAUGCUUCAGUUCUUCCUACUCUACCCAUGUGAUUUCUGGACGGAUGCUUUGACCGAAGGAUUCGAGGAAACCAGCGAGCUGAAGUUCCCGAAAUUGCUGACGAUUGCCAACUUUGGAGUUGUUCUACUUGCCUCCGUCAGCAACGUUACUCUUCAAUGGUUCAUCAACAACAACGAAACGCUCCUCCGUCCACUGUUGCCGUUCUUCAUAGGAGACGAGUUCUGGGACACCUUCUGGAACGUCGUUUUCAACGGCAUCUCCUUCACCUUCCUGGGCUUCUUCUGCAUAUUCCUCACUACACAUCAGCUAGUUAUCGCAUCGUUCCUGAUCACCUUCCUCACCGGAGUAGCAUACCUAUACCUGGAAGAAGACAUCGGUGCUCGGUUAGCCAUCCCGAUGACGGCGUUCACCUUCGCCGUUGCCCUCGUGCAGUUACUCUCGAUGUGCCCACCCAGUAAACUUCUCCUGUUGAUGGGAUCCGUCUUCACGGUCGUAAACCUAGCUACCUACGAGUACUUCGGACUGCUGACGCUGUUUUGGAGCUCGCCGGAUAUCGUGAUGAUUGUUGUGUGGGCCGCCAAUGGAUUUUAUGCGCUGAUCUUGCUGGUGCUCAGUCGGGAAUUGGGAAGGCAGAAAGGUGAAAACGCUGAGAUUGAACGGGAUCGUAGUGGAAGUUUUAGAACCAUCGUUACCACUAUUACUUGAAUUGGUGCUACAAAAUUUAGACAUGUUUGUCCAACUUUUAAAAUUAUCGAAAAUGUUUUCAAUAAAUGUUGAUUUCGUUUUAAAUCUUGUGGAUUACAAAUUGUUUAAGAUAUAUAUAAAAACGCCCAAACCCUACUCAGUAAAUCGUGUUUAUUCAAGAAAACUUAGUCCUGAUGUGAAACCUCUUCUUAAAACAUGGUAUAUCGACACGUAAACAAAAUUUGAGUUUCUCCUGAAAAACCGGCUGUAAAUUCCGAUUUUUUUCUAAAAUUCUUCUGGAUUGAUAACUUUUUGAGAUUCCUCAAAAGGUUCUCUCUCUUGGGGUAUCUUCUGCGUUUUUCUCAGGAAUUAUUACUGGGAUUCCUCUCAAGCAGUUCCUUCCGAAUUUGUAUUGGAAUUAUGGCACUACUCCAGGUUUUUUUUCUUGGAAUUACAUCAGAUAUUUAUUCAAGGAUUCCUCCAGAAGUUUUUCCUGCAGGAUUGCUUACUCAGAUUUUUCAAACUUUUUCGACCCCACUCCUUUUUCGUAAAGAGCUUUUCCUAUGUAUAUUACACUGCUUGUCAUACUUUCAAAAACUCCCAUCCCCCUAUGUGCGUGACGUUCUAUAUUAAUGCCCCAAGAAGUUUCUUUAGGCAGUACUCCUACUGGAGUUCCAUUUAAACCAUCUGAUUCCCUUCCAUUUUUUUCUGCUCAGACUCAUCCAGAAAUUCCUUCAAGGAUUCCUUAAGUAGAAACUUCAAAGAAUACCAAUAUGGCUGCCACAACGGCCGACUUGGACUCCUACUCACGUUUUCAAAAGCACAAAUCUUAAAAAUUCGUAAACAAAUGCGCCCGAUUUGGAAAAGCUGCCUCUUUUUGCAAGUGAGCAAAGCCAGGAUAAUCAAGUGCGUCAGAUUUGUGCCUCUGAAGUUUGUAUGCAAAAUUGCAAUGGGAUUUCUUGAUGUUUCACCUUAAUGAGAUCUUUCAAGAGAUUUAUCCUGGAGAUUCUUCUGGAAUUCUUUCAGUAUUUUGUUUUUUUGGUGUCCCUCUUGAGGCUUCAGCUGUGAUUCAUUCAGGAUUUUUUUUCUGGGAUUCACAACUUUAUUUUGAGAUUUCUCCACAAGCUCUUUAUCAGCUUCCAUGAAUAGUUUCUUAUGUGAUCCCAUAAUAAAACCCUAUAAUAAUUUUCUCAGAAACUUCUUCUGCAAAUCCUCUACAAGAUCCUUCUGAGAUUCUCCCAAAAGUGCUGCUAAGUAUUUUUUUUUACAUUCCUUGUGACAUUUCUUCUAGGGUUCCCUCAAAAGUUCUUUCUCAGUUUGCUAAAGGGAUUCCUUUUGAGAUUUCUAUUGGAGUUUUUCCUGAAAAUCACGCUGUAAUAUUCAGGAUUUUUCUUUAAAAAUCUUCCAAAUUGAGAACUUUCUGAGAUUCCACAAAAGGUUCUUUCUCGUUUAUUCUAUGUUUUCUUUUUCAGGAUUUAUUUCUGGGCUUCCUCUCAAGUCAUUCUUCCUGGAUUUUGUUUUGUUUGGACAUAAGGUACCACUUCAGAUAUUUUUAAAGAUUUUUUUAAAAUUUCCUCAGAGAUUCCUCCAGAAGCUGCUCCUGCAGAAGUUCAUGCUCAAAUUUCUUGAAAUGUUUUUUCACGGUUCCGCAAAGCAACAUCCUUAUAGUCACACAAAAUGUUACAAUUCUUGACACCGCUCCUUCUUCGUAAUAAGUUUUCCUAUAUUUUUACAUUUCUUGUCAUACUUUCAAGAACUCCCCUCCCCUAUAUGCAUGGCGUUCUUUAUUGGCUUCAAGAAGUUUCUUUCAGCAUUACUUCUUCCGGAGCUCUUUGAAACCCUGCAAAAACUAUUGCAAAUGUUUCUUAUCAGAUUCAUUCAGAAGUUCCUUCUGCGAUUGCUCAAUGAGCUCCUUUGAGAUACAUCCUGAAGAUACUUCUGGAAUUCCUCCAAAAUAGUAGGUUCUGCUGAGUUUUUUUUUUUCAAGAAAUUCUUUGUGACAUUCCUCCAGAUAUUCCUUCUGGGAUUCAUUCUAAGGUUCCACUCUCGCUCAAUUAAUUUAUGGAUUCCUCUCAAGCAGUUCUUUCUGGUAUUUUUACUGUACUUACACACCAAACGCUUUCAGCAAUAUUUUGCAGAAUUUUGCCGAGCUGAAGGGUCCAGCAAUUUUUUUAGCUGAACUUUCAGCAAAGUUUGCUGAAUUUCAGCAAAAUGUUACUGGUGAUCAGCAGAGUUCACUGAAUAAUUCAGCAAUCUUUGCUGAAUUUCUGCAAAUUUUUUGCUGAAACCUUCAGCUCGGCAAAAUUCAGCAAAUCUUUGCUGAAACCGUCAAUCGAUUUUUGGUGUGAUUUGGUAUUUCUCUGAUGCUCUUAUCCAGAUUUUUAUUGUUUUUUUUAAAUUUUUUUUUCUGAGAGAUCUCCAGCAUUUUCCUUGGAAUUUCCAAGAUCUUUUUUGUCAGAUUUUUUUUGUGGUUUUUUAUCAGAAUCUUUUUCUUAGUUCGCAUGUAAAGAUUUCUCUUGGGUUUUACUGGAAGCCCCGAUGUUAUAUUCAGAUUUUUUUUUUUCUUAAUUUCUUCCAGAUUCAGAUUUUUUUUAGAUUCCCCAAAGUUUUUACUCCAGGGUUUUUUUUCUGUUUUCUUGUUCCGGAAUUAUUUCCGGGAUUACUCUCAAGCAUUUCUUUCUGGAAUUUUCACUGGACUUACGGUACUACUCCAUUGUUUUUAGAUUUUUUUGCCUAGGGAUUCUUUCACAUUUUUCUUCAGGUAUUCCUCCAUAAGUUUCUCCUGUGAUUUCUCCUGGAGUCUUUUCAAAGGUUUUGUUUUUUUUUUUCAGGAUUCCCUCAUAAACUUAUGUGAUUCGUUCAGAAAAUCCUCCUUGAGGUACCAUCAUGAUUUAUGUCUUGGGUUUCUCCUGUUUUAUUUUACUGGCAUUCCGUCUGCAAAAACUUCGGUUUUACUUUCAGAUUUUUUUUGGAAGUCCUGCUGUCAAACUGUCUGAAAUUCUUCAAUGAGUUCUUUCUGGGAUUUCAGCUAGAGUUUCUUCUGGGUUUCUUUUUGGGAUGCAUUGUGGGAUUUAUUUUAGGUAUUCCUUCUGGGAUUUCUCCAGAUAUUUCUACUGGGAUUCCUGCAGAAGUACCCUCUCCGAUUCUGCAAAGAGUUUCUUUUGGGAUCCUUGGAAUUGGUGGCAGAUUUUGCAAUUCUCUCUAAUUUUCCUGGAAAAACUUGUAAUUAGAAGGUACGAAAUAUUGAAAAUUAACAAAAUAAGAGAUGAAAUUUGUGAAAAAAACGUUUUCUGGUGAGGUUCGAACUCACGACUCCGUAUUCGCUAGACCAGCGCUUUAACCAACUAAGCCAUCGAACAAGUAAUAAUUCUGCAGACCCAAACUGACUCCGAAGCCACACCGUGAACACUCCUAUUUUCACAAAUCCAUCUCUCUUUCGACUUUGAUCCCAAUCCACAACACUCGCGUGCUCACUAACUACAAGUGAGAGCGAAUUGUUUUUAUAAAGCCGAGAUUUACUCUCCCUUCCGCAUACCGAGCCACCAAGCAGUAUGAAGAAAAAACUUGGUCAGGGAUUUCUUCUGGUUUUUUUUUCAGUAUUCCUCUUGGAGCUUUUUUUUGGGAAUUUAACAGUGUUUUUAAGCAACAAUUGGAUUUUCUUCUUAAAUUUCUCCUGGAGUUCCUGUUAGCACAUUUUUCAGGGUUCCCAUGUGAGAUUCUUCCACAUUUUUCUUUUGAAAUUUCCCCAGAUGGCCACCUGAUAUUUCUUCAAGAGUUCUUUUUGGGCCUUAAUUUUUUAUCUGGAAUUUCUAGAGAAAUAUCAGAAGAUUUUUUUUUAAAGGAAUUUCAGAACAAUCAUCAGAAGAAACCCUAGAAGGAAUUUCUGAAAGAACGAAAUUUCUGGGGGGUCUGGUUUUCUCAGUCUGAGGAAUCCAGGGGGCGAUGUCCGAUGUUUCUUCCUAAUUCAUUUGGCCUUUUUCGUUGCUUUUUUAUUUUAUUUUCCCUUGAAAAAAAAAACAAAAUAAAUAAGGCCGAAACGUCGGUCAGCGCCAAUUUAAUCGUUUGGAUUCCUUAGGCUGAGAAAACCAGGCCCUUUAGACAUACAAUUUCCAGUCGAAAAUCCCCAACAAAUUCUGAGGAGGAACUUUUUGAGAAAUCCCAAGUAUAACAGUUUGAAGGAAUCCCUGAAUUCUAUAAGUAAUUCCUGAAAAUAUCCUAGAGCUCUAAAAGGAAUAGCAGAAGAUUUUUUUUAUCGCAGAUAGCACUAUUUGAGAAGUUUCAAAGUAACCCUCUAAUUCCUCUAUCUUCUAAACAUUCUACAAAAAUAAAAAAUACUUAUGCUACUCAAAAAAAUCUUUUUUUAUAUAAUUCUUCCAGUAACAUAGUAUUCCUUGCUAAAAUUUCCACAAUUCUUGUACAAUUUUCCUGAAAAGGUAGGUACUUCAAAAUUUGAAAACAUAAAACAGAAAAAAAAUCCUAAUCUGGAAGAUGACCCAUUACGAUAGAAACUAAAAAAACACCGUUUGAUUACUAAUUUUUCUGAAGGGCAUAUAUUUUUUCAGAAAUAAGAAGUGAUUGGUCACACUUCUUUCUUACCAUAUGAAAAAAGGUUAGUUUUGUGGAGGAGCUGCAACUGAUAAGAGUAACGAUUUGUUUGGCAAUUGUGGCUGAAGAAUUAGAACAAAACUUACCUUUAUAGCAACGUAGCAGCAUCAUAUGGAUGAUUCUAUGAAUGACAGCUCAUGGCAGAGUUUUUGAAAAAAUCUACUUGAGGAGUCUCUGGUGAUACUUCUGAAGAAUUCCUUGGAGAAAUUUCGGAAUUUCUUCUGAAUGAUUCACUGAAUGAAUUACUGAACUUAUUAACGAAGAAAUAUCAAGCCAAAUUUCUGUAGAUCUAUAGAGAUUUUCCGUUAAGGAUCCGUUGAGGAAACCAAGAUAAAUUUCUGAAAAAGGACUUUCUGAAGAAAUUCAUGGAGGACUACCUGAUGAAACAGCUUGCUUGUGAAACUCCUGUUUGAAUUCUUGGAGGAUUUUUUCAAAACAAUUUCAGAAAGAUUGCAGAUUCCUGAAGAAACAUCCUAAUAUAAUUCUUGGAAGAUUAUCUCAAGAAACUACUAGAGAACCUAUAUCUGAAGACAUCUUUGGGACAAUAACUGGAGAAACAAAUGAAUGAACAUCUGAAAAUAUUCCCAAAUCAUCUAAUUAGAAGUUCUAAAAUGAAUUAUCGUAUAAAUUCCCAAGAAAUGUCUCUGGAUAGAUUUCAUAAACAAUUGUUGAAAAAAUCCGAACACAAAUUCUAAAAAUAUAAAAAGGAACUUCAGAAGCAAUCCGUGAAUAUUUUGUUAAAGAAUUCUAGUUUAAAAAAUAGAUUUGGAGAAUUCUUUGGAAGAUUUUUGGACUAAUUUCUGACUUACCACUGGAAAACUUUCUGAAAGCCAAUUUGAAACAAUUUCUGAGGAAAUUGCUUUUUUUUUCAAGUAAACCAUGAAACAUUUCGUGAGCAAUUUCUAGAAGAAAUGCUGAAAAGAAGUUUCUGAAGCAAUUCAUCGAUAAAAUUCUGAACAAAUCGAUGAAAGAUUUUCUAAAAAGAUUUUUUACGAAACUUUUGGAAGAAUCCCUGGAGGAAUUUGAAUCCUAGGAUAUUUUUUUCAUUCUAAUACAUCCGAAAAAAAAACUUUUGAAAGAUUUCACAAAAAAAUGUGUAGGAAUUUCUGAAAAAUUUUCAGAGGAUUCAUUGGAGAAAAACAGAGCAAUGGAUGAAAUUCUGUAUUAUUCCCUGCGAUUUCUUAAGAAUUUCAUGGAAGAACUUCAGAACCAACCAUUGAUGUUUUAAAAUAAUGUUAUCAACUUUCUAGAGGAAUCCCCAGUAAAAUUUCAGAAUGAUUCCCAGGAAAAACUUGUUGAGCAAUUAUUGAAAAAAAUAGCCGAAUAAAUCCUUGGAAAAGCUUUUGAAACUAUUAUGGGAGAAUUCCAGGAGGAAUGGAAGAACGGUUAAUUGAGCGAUAUUCUAAAAAAACACAAAUAAUUUUCUAAAAUUUCUGACAAAUACACCUAGACUGUAGAGAAAUUUCUGAAGCAAUCCAUGCUAAAUUUCCUUAAAGAAUGUUUUGUGAAAUAUAAUGGAAUUUAUGAAAAGAAAAAAACUAUUUUUUUUUAAUAUCUGGUAGAAUUAUUAAAGAAAUUUCUGGAAUGGGUUUUAAAAUAUUGUUUUUAAACAUUUUAAAAACCAGGAAGCAUUUCUGAAGAAAGUCCUUAAGGAUUUUCCAAAAAGGUCAUUGGCGAAAAUAAAAAAAAAAGUUUCUGAAGGAAAUAACUUUGCAUAAAUUUGUUAAAAAUCCCUGGAGAAAUUUAUAAAACAGUGAAUGCUUCUAAAAUAAUUUAUUGUGGAAUUUCUGGGAGAAUUUCUGGUGGAAUUUUAGAAGAAAUUCCUGGAUAUGCCAUAGCAAUUUAUCAAGAAAAUUUCCGAUUGGUUUCUUGGGGAGCAUUUUGCAUACAAAUCUGAGAAGGAAUUUAAUGGCUGCCAAUGGCCACAUUUCUGAAGGAAUUUUCAAAAAAGCCCCGGAAGUGUUUUACUCAGGUAUUUCCAAAGGAUAUCCUUGAGACAUCCCUGGAGAAAUUUUGGAAUAAAUAUCUUGAGGAUCCUCACACAAGUCUUCGAAUAUUCCUUAAGGAAUUUUUUAAAGCAUUUCAAGAUGGCGAAAUAUGCUAUAUUUUCCAAUAAAAUUCUUCAUUGAAAUUUCCAGGAGAAUAUCUAGUGGGAUUUCUGAAGGUGUUCCAGGCGAAAUUGAAACUCAUGAUGCAAAUUUCCAAAUGGAUCUUUGAUGAUUUUUUGAGAGAAUUAGUAAAGAGGGAAUUCCAAGAACUUCUGAAAAAUCUCCAGAAGCAUUUCUGAAGAAAUCUCUGGAGGAUUUAGAAAGAAUCACUAGAGAAAUUUCUGAAUUUUAAUGUAGAGGAAAUUCCGAAGGAAUCCCUGUACGGAGUUUCUGAAGAAACUCGUAGAAAAAAAUUCUCAAGCAAUCCAAGCAAGGUUUUCUUAUACUCGUCGAAGAAAUAAUGCGCAGAAAUUCACGCACCGAGGGUGGAAAAAAGUAUAAUAUCACAAAGGAGAUUUUUUUCAAAAAGCUUUUGUUUUUUUAUUUUUUUUUUCAAGAGGGCAAAAAAUCAAAAAUAUCUUAUGGGUGAUUGCUUGGGUGAUUGUCUUUUAUAAAGAAAAGGUUUUUCUUUUGCUUAGGAAAGCAAAAACAACACUUCCGAUAUGUAAAAAGAAAUUUUCCAGCCACAUGAGGGACGCAAACAGUUCCGACCGUUUCAAAACUAAAUUAGACUUUAAAAAAAUCCUAAAAUUAUGAAUGCCCACCUGCUUUUUUUUAAGCAAAUAUAUAGGUGGAUUUCUUAUGUUUUAUUAUUCUUUCCUAUAUUGAAGGGCUCGAAACAUUGAUAAACUCAUAAAGAU